UGAUUCUUCUUGUCACACGUCAGCCUCAUUCAUGUUCAAUGCUCUGAUCAGAACACAUCACAUCACUUCUAGGAAGAAGGUGACCAAGUUGAAACAGGCUGCAGAUGCGACACAGGUCUUUGCUCUGUUGAGGAGCGGCAGCUCACCUGGCAUCAUGUAUGUCGAAGGAGAAGAGAAGGGUGUCAGACAAUGGGUCGAUGCUGUUCAUAAUCUACGCUACAAGGACUAUCAACUUGUCGCCCGUCCAGCCGCUGUGCAGCAUGAGAACGAGCCUACCAAAGAGUCAGAAGUCAGACCUGGUCUCCAUGAAACAGAGACGGUGAGUGACUUUGGCAAACAACUGCAAGAUCGUGGUGUUUAUGCUUGGUGGCGCAAAGCUAUGGGUUAUGCAAAGGAGUAGAUUAGCGAAGCGGUGCAAUGGACGGAGUCAAUAGGACACGACGGCAUGGCGAAUCGAAGAGCCUAGCAUCCAUUCUAUGCUUAUUCGACCUCACCCAUCCACUCACGGCAACAAUACCCUACAGCUGCUCUCGUGCAUAUUCUGCCCCUCAUGUCAACAUAGAAGCUUCCCCCACAGUGAUGAUGUGCCAAGGCCGCCUCACACCGCCCGAUGGAGAUGGAGGGGUGACGAAGCAGGG